ACCGACUUUUAGCAGCAGCAACUCAUGACUAUCGAUGAUAGUAUAGCAGAUAAACGCGAGAAAGCUUUACAGUGUAUGCAAAAACAGCGAGAGAAGUGGAAGAAACGAUUCGACGCAAAGCAUCGAAAGCCUAUGGUGUAUCAGGUGGACGAUUUAGUAGUCAUCGAGAACGACUUGCAAGCAACGGGCGAAUCGCGAAAACUCGACAUACGUUACCGAGGUCCAUACGUGGUAACCAAAGUUUUGGGUAACGAUAGAUACCUGAUCGAAGACAUCGAUGGUAUGCAACACAAGCAAAAACGGUUCUGUUCAGUAUAUGCAUCGGAUAAAAUUAAACCAGGGUGCAUAAUACAGCCCGAACUAGAUGAACAUGAUUCCGACGAAGAUGAAAGCAGUGACAUCGAGACGAUGUUAAUGUCAGAAUUGGCCGAACUGUCACGUACGACUUCAUGCAACCCUGCCACCAGCGAAUAG